CAGCCCGCAGGACUUGGCAAAUUCCUACCGCCCCCUCGGCUCCCCUGAGUUCUGUCGCCUGUCUCCUCCUCCCUCCCUCCCGGUCCCCCAUUCUCCUCACUUUGGAGAAGUCACCGCUUUUCCAACACCUUUUGCAAAACCCCAGAGCUCCGAGUCCCUUAGCUGAAUUCGACUCUUGUUUUUAUUUCUGUUUCCUUUCCUGCUCCUCUUUUUUGAUUGAUGUGCGAAGGCUGAUGUCUCAGCCAGAGCGAGAGGAAUAAAUAGAUGCUGCCUCGCCCAAAGACUUAGACGCCAGGGAAGCGCAAUCAGCGCGGUAGGGGCGAGGCUCCGCCAAGCCCGUGGACCUGACCCGGGGAUUUGGAUCCAAGCGAGCUUUGCGAUUGCGGGGAGGACAGCUCCCAGGUCAUUGUGUCCACUUCCAGAGGGGAGGAGGAGACCGCGAAGCGCGCCUCUGCACCCACGGUCGACUGCGCCUUGCCCCAUCCUGCCGGGAUCAUGGUGUGCAGCGUCUCGGGAGGGAUGCUGCUGCUGCGGGCCGGGCUGCUUACCCUGGCUGCGCUCUGCCUGUUCCAGGUGUCUGGAGCCGGGGCAGCAGCCUGUGAGCCGGUCCGCAUCCCGCUGUGCAAGUCCUUGCCCUGGAACAUGACCAAGAUGCCCAACCACCUGCACCACAGCACCCAGGCUAACGCCAUCCUGGCCAUCGAGCAGUUCGAAGGUCUUUUGGGCACCCACUGCAGCCCGGAUCUGCUUUUCUUCCUCUGCGCCAUGUAUGCGCCCAUCUGCACGAUUGACUUCCAGCACGAACCCAUCAAGCCCUGCAAGUCUGUGUGUGAGCGCGCCCGCCAGGGCUGCGAGCCCAUCCUCAUCAAGUACCGCCACUCGUGGCCCGAGAGCCUGGCCUGCGAGGAGCUGCCGGUAUACGACCGCGGCGUAUGCAUUUCUCCCGAGGCCAUCGUCACCACCGACGGCGCGGAUUUUCCUAUGGAUUCUAGUACUGGACAUUGCCGAGGGCCAAGCAGCGAACGUUGCAAAUGCAAGCCUAUUAGAGCUACACAGAAGACCUAUUUCCGGAACAAUUACAACUAUGUUAUUCGGGCUAAAGUCAAAGAGGUAAAGACAAAAUGCCAUGAUGUGACUGCUGUUGUGGAGGUGAAGGAGAUUCUAAAGGCAUCUCUGGUAAACAUUCCGAGGGAUACCGUCAACCUUUAUACCAGCUCUGGCUGCCUGUGCCCUCCACUUAAUGUUAAUGAGGAAUACAUCAUCAUGGGCUACGAAGAUGAGGAACGCUCUAGGUUGCUCUUGGUAGAGGGCUCAAUAGCUGAGAAGUGGAAGGACCGACUUGGUAAGAAAGUUAAGUGCAGAACAAGAAUUUGCCCUAAAUCCCAGUACCAUUUGGAAGAGCUUUCAGCAUCUCUGCUUCAGUGUAAGCCUUGCCAGCGCUGGGAUAUGAAGCUGCGUCAUCUUGGACUGAGUAAAACUGACUCCAGCAUUAGUGAUUCCACGCAGAAUCAGAAGACUGGCAGAAACUCUAAUCCCCGGCCAGUGCACAGCUAAGUCCUGACAUGCAAAAGGCCACAUCCGUGGACUUCCUACUAAGACUUGCAUUGCUGGACCAGCAAAGGAAAAUUGCACUAUUGCACUCGUAUUCUAUUGUUUACUACAGACGUCAUGUAACAGAUAUUACUUCUGUUUUCUGCUUUCUUUUUCCUUCCCCUACUCUUUAAUGGCCUGGGGUUAGAUCCUUGAAUAUAUUAUGUAUUCUGUUUUACUAAUCAUCCAGAAACUGUUCAUUCACAACAACAAUAAUAAAUUAAACAUAUUGAUA